UUUGUAUCUUGCUAACGCUGACACACGCACAAAGCAUCUCAAAAAGACCCCUCUGCAACCCUCCCCCCCAAUCUCAUCGGUGGAGGGGGCAGCGCCACACACGUCGCCGUUGGUGGUGACUGAGAGCCCUUUAUCCUCGGGCUAGACGCUUACGAGUUCGAGGGCGCUAAUGGAGACCCCAUCACCUGGUGACCGUCGUCGUGGAUUUGCUCCUCCGAGACUAUGCCUUGUUGGAGGGAAUCGGGUCCAAGAUCCAAGGUCCAAGAGGGGCGGGCGGCUUGCGGCCGUCUUUGAUGUGCACCGCCGUGUGCUGAGCCCCUUGUCCAGGUCGACCGACUGCAUCCUGCAAGAACAUGUUCGUACCUUACUUUCCGAAGCUGAGAACAGCACCACCACUACCACCACCAUCACCACAUGUGACGAAGCUGCGCCAACAUAAGCAAACAGCUCGCUCUCCUUGAUGACUUGACAGACAUUUAUCCUUCUUCUGCUGACAGAUAUUCUUUUUUUCACUUUUUUUCUCUUCCUCCAAUUUGUUUUUGCUGCGUCUUCACGUCUGCGCUCCUCUGCUCCAAUUUUUAAUACGAGUCCAUUUGGGACAGCACUAACCGUUAGACGUCAUCAUCAUCAUGGGCCUACGCGACAUCCUCAAGAAAAAGGACCACCUCGACAACGGCAACGCCAGCAGCCAGGAUGCCGUCGACAGGCUGGCCGCCCCCGAGUUCAAGUUCAUCCGAUCCGACACAAACACCCAGGAGGUCAUCCACCCGCCGUCGUAUCCCGUGGAGGAGAGCAAGGAGCAGUUCCUGAACCCCAGCGAAACCGCCGCCGGCACCGCCCCGAAGCCCCGGCGCAGCCUCGAUGUCUUCUUCGGCAGCCGGUCGCGCAGCGUGUCCGCCUCCUCGCAGGCGAGUUCGGCCUCCCACAGAAAAGAGGGCAGGCGUUUGUCGGAACGGCUGCACCUCAGCCGCUCGCCCGCCUCGUCCGACAACGUCCCGCAGAACCUGCCCGACAUCAUAACUACCGCCGAGGGCGAGCAGGACGAGCUGGAGUGGGAGAAGCGCGCCACUAUCCUGGCCUCGGCGAACAAGAGCAGGCCCGCGACGCCGUCGCACGACAACCUUCAAGGGUCCGAGACGAGGGGGCGGUCGCCGAGCGCCGCCGUGUCGUCUCCGGCAAUAGACGAGGAUAUUCAGGAGGCCAUCCGACUGCACGAGGCGGAGGACUACGUCAACUCGACGGCCAUGUUUGCUCGCUUGGCCGACCCGAAAGGGGCGAACAACACGCUCAGCCAGUUUCUAUACGGUCUUGCUCUGAGGCACGGCUGGGGCUGCGAGCCCGAUCCAGAAGGGGCAAUCAAAUUCCUCUCGGCGGCGGCGUCGAAUGCGGCGACCGUCGAACAGAUGGCGUUGAAGGCCGGGCUGAAGAAGGGUGGUGCGGCCAAGGGCGAGCUCGUUCUGGCCAUCUUCGAGCUGGCCAACUCCUUCAGACACGGUUGGGGCACGGCGAAGGACCCGAUCGCGGCCAAACAGUACUAUGAGACUGCGGCGAACCUCGGAGAUACAGACGCCAUGAAUGAAAUCGCCUGGUGCUAUCUUGAGGGCUUCGGAUGCAAGAAGGACAAGUUCGCAGCAGCCCGGUACUAUAGGUUGGCCGAGAAGAAUGGCAACAAAACACUAGGCAACUCCUGGAUCUGGAAGGAGAAGUACGACCCGGAUGCUGGCAACGGCAAGAAGUAGUCAGCAACAAUAAAAACAGGGAGGUGGACGUAGUACAGAUAGGGAAGGUUUAUUGUGUGCGUGUGCGCGUAAGACGGACGAACCAGUUCUCGGUGACACGGCGUCGCAUACUCGAAACGGGUGUGUGCGGACGGCAGCCGGCGUGCAGCCUCAUCCGAUGGCGAUACCUUUUUCUCCCUGCCGUCAUAUCACUGACGCUCAAAUAUCGUCACGCGGCGACGGCGGACGCCCCUGAACCAUGCCGCGAGGUGUUGCUGUGUAGUUAUCUAUGAUGGGAAGACGGCUACACGAGGAGGAGGAGGAGGGGGCAGAGGCUCUCUUUUGUCGUUUCGCCCCCCCCCCCCAACUUUCUUGCUCUCAUUGGGUCGAACGGCUCUCUCGAAUGGUCAUGAUGGCAUGGGAAGCACGGAGGGCGUCGUAACUCGGGUGGCGCGGGCGCGUAACGUGGGCCGGAUAGAUAUAACUGAGAAGGUAGAAGGCCUUCGCGGGGCGAGGGGACGGGGUUCUUCGGUUCAUGGCGUGCGCCGUAGGACGACCUUUUUUUCUUCUUCGUUUUUCGGUUUGCGCCUGCAGGUCUCGCGGACGUGGAGAGGAAAAGGGGGAAGAAGAGGGGGCAGGCAGGCAGGCAGGCAGCUGUCACGGAACCGUUCUGUGCUCUCACUCCAUGUCUUUGGGGGUCGCGCUGGGCAGGACCUGCAGGCCGAGGCCACACGGGCUUGUCUUGGGUAGAGUUGUUGUAGGAGGGAGUCUCUUCCUUUACACGAAGGAUUUAUCGCGUAGGCCAGAGGGGGUGGGGGGGCCUUCGUUUUUUGCCCAUUUGCUGGUUUUUAAAACAUACCCAUCAUCGCAUCACUAUUUAAAGCUCGACAAUAUAUACGGAAAAGUUGACAUUUGAUCGUGGCGGUCUCGAGCCGGCUGACCCGGUGGCGGGGCCGGCCGGAAUAGGUUCGUCACUCGGUACCCGCCCCGGCGGCAUCUGCGUUUCUGGUAUCGGCCGGCCCGAGACAGGCUCCGCUCCCGAUGUCGUCCGAGGAUCGUCCGGGGAUCGUCCCCUCCCGACAUCGCACGGUCUUUUCUUCACAGUGGACGUACUUCGUCGUCUCGUGCGAAAAGAUGAGAUUCCUUCUAUCGGGCUGCACGUUCCCGCAU